UAUAUCUGCAACACCGAAUGGCUCCUAGGAAAGUGCAGUUCUGUCGUUUGUAACGUUUAGAGGUUACGCCUUGAACUGAAUGAACUUGAAAUGUUACAUGGUGGGCGUUUUAAUCUGCACAACACGACGUGGGAAAAUUAAAUCAAAAAUUUUAGUGACAGUAUCGGCAUUUUGAAUGGAGAAUACGCAGGAGGAAAGGACAAGAACUAUUCAGCAGAAAAAUCCAUACAAAGUCGCCAAUGUUUUUUCCAAAAUAUUUUAUGUAUGGCUUCUGCCACUCUUCUACAAAGGAUUUAGAACGGACCUUAACGAAGAUGACAUUUUUCCGUCACUAAAGUCACACGAUUCGACGAUACUAGGAGAUAAACUAGAAAAAGAAUGGAGAAGGGAGGUCAAAGACAAAAAGAAUCCUUCUCUGUGGAGAGCAUUGGGAAGGGUCUUUGGGAAAAACCUCAUAAUUCUAAUUCUUGCUUUCAUGUAUUUUUUUAUGGAGAUGGGCGUUAAGAUUUCUCAACCUAUAGCACUAUCAAAGUUGUUGGAGUUCUACCAGCAAGAUUCAACUAUGAGUCGGAACGAGGCUUACAUCUACGCAACUGUAAUAGUCUUGUCUUCUUUUGUAUACGUUUUAUGUCAACACACUUACAUGCUUCAUAUAUUCCAUUUGGGUAUGAAGAUAAGAAUAGCAACAUCAACAAUUAUCUACAGAAAAGCCCUUAAAUUGAACAAAUCCGCCCUAGCUGGAACCACGAUAGGCCAGAUGGUUAAUCUCAUCUCCAACGAUGUAACGCGAUUCGAAAUGAUGACCACCCAUAUUCACAACUUAUGGUUGGCUCCUCUUCAGACAAUAGUCGUGUUGUUACUUUUGGGAAUUUAUGUAGGAUGGACUGGUCUUGUAGGGGUUAUCUUGAUGCUAGCCUUUGUUCCUUUUCAAAUGUGGAUGGGGAAAAAGUCCUCUGCGUAUCGACUCAGUACAGCUCUAUUGACCGACGAAAGAAUCCGACUGAUGAACGAGAUUAUAUCUGGCAUACAAGUGAUUAAGAUGUAUACCUGGGAAAAACCAUUCGCUAAGCUGGUGGAAAUCAGCAGAAGAACAGAACUUGGUGAAAUACGCAAGACAUCGGUGAUUAGAGCAUUUGUAAUGUCCUUUAAUAUGUUCUUAAACAGAGCUUCAAUUUAUUUCUGCAUGAUGUCCUACGUUCUCUUAGGGAAAACUCUAGAUCCUCACUAUGUAUUUGUUACCACCUGCUUUUAUGGCAUUUUAAAUCUAUCGGUCGCAAUGUUUUGGCCUCAAGGAAUUACUCAAAUGGCGGAAGCUGGCAUAUCUGUCAAAAGGAUAAAACGGUUUUUGCUGUACGAUGAAGUGACAUUUGAUUCUAGUUCAUCGUUCCUAAAUUCACCCAACAACCAGACGAACGCGCCGGCCGGUAUCCAUAUGGACAAGGUAUCAGUGACCUGGACACAGACCGCAAAGGGAAAUAUUUUAAACAAUAUUUCCAUGGACGUUUCUUCGGGGCAAUUGGCAGCAGUAAUUGGUCCCGUCGGUAGUGGCAAAACGACGCUUUUGCACGCGAUAUUAAAAGAACUUCUUCCUGUAUCUGGUUCCGCCCAAAUAGAAGGCAGCAUUUCAUAUGCUUCUCAAGAGCCUUGGCUUUUUGUUGGAAGCGUUAGACAAAAUAUCACUUUCGGGCAAGAAUUCAACGUUGCAAAAUACAACGAGGUAGUUAGAGUAUGUGCAUUAGAAAGGGAUUUCGCUUUAUUUCCCUACGGAGAUCGUACCAUUGUUGGUGAGCGAGGAGUGUCAUUAAGCGGAGGUCAGAGAGCUAGAAUCAACCUUGCCAGAGCAGUCUACAAAGAAGCCGACAUUUAUUUACUUGAUGAUCCAUUAUCAGCAGUUGAUACACACGUUGGCAGACAUUUGUUCGAUGAAUGUAUCGCCGGAUAUCUUAAAAGCAAAUGCGUUGUACUUGUUACGCAUCAGCUACAGUACCUCAAAAACGUCCAAAGUAUUUAUUUGCUCGGCAACGGUAAAAUAGAAAGCUCUGGUACGUAUGAGGAAGUUCAAAAUUCCGGAACGGAGUUUACAAAUCUUCUGGAGGAAUUGAAAGAUAUUAUUGAUGACUCGAAUGGAGAUGAGAACAUAGAUUGGAAAAAAUCUUCUGGUCCUAGAAUAUCAACUAAAGAAGUUGUCUCCAAAACUGAAAAGGACCCGACGGAAGAAAAGGAAGGCCAAGGGCGGGGAACCGUCAACUGGAGUGUUUACAAAACCUACAUAUUAUCUGGCGGUCAUGGUUGCACCAUUUUUAUGGUGCUGUUAGCAUUUAUAUUAGCUCAGACGUUCGCAAGCUGCGGAGACUACUUUUUGACGUACUGGGUCAAUGUGGAGCAGAUUAGGAGGAACCAAAAAGAGACGCUGGAUUUGGAUUUAUUUUCUGAAGUUGUCUACAGUUCGGACAAUGGCACAUUACAUUUAAAUAAAUUACAACAAUUUUGGUUGGACCACAUUGGAGAGCAUACUGCCCUCAUUGCUUACUCCUGUAUAAUAGCAGUGACGGUCAUAAUAACCAUUGUUAGAUCGCUGUGGUUCUUUAGGUGUUGCAUGAACGCUUCCAUAAAACUGCAUAAUACAAUGUUCGGUAAAAUUGUUUAUGGUACCAUGAGGUUUUUCCAUCUCAAUCCAUCGGGAAGAAUUUUAAACAGAUUUUCCAAAGAUAUGAAUCAAAUCGAUGAGUAUUUGCCUACAAUGCUUCUGGAUACUUUGCAAUUUGGCGUUAAUGUUUUAGCGGCAUUAACGGUGGUUUCGGUUGUGAACAUUUGGAUGCUGAUUCCUGCCAUUGUCGUCCUGUUCAUAUUCUACUACAUACGAUUUAUAUAUUUGAGGACCAGCAGAAACAUUAAACGACUAGAAGGGAUAGCGAGGAGUCCCGUUUAUUCACAUCUAACUACCUCCUUACAGGGCCUAACGACAAUCAGGGCAUUUGGCGCUCAGGAAAUGUUAAAGAAGGAAUUCGACGAUUAUCACAACAAAUAUAGUUCGGUAUUUUUCAUGUUUCUGGCCUCUAGUAGAUGCUUUGGACUUUGGCUGGAUUUUCACUGCGUGAUUUUCAUAACAAUUGUCACUUUUAGUUUCUUGAUCAUGAACACAGAAACAUACGGGGCCAAUGUGGGUUUGGCGAUCACCCAGUCUAUAACGUUAACCGGAACUUUGCAGUUCGCUGUGCGACAAUGGAGUGAAUUGGAAAACACAAUGACGUGCGUAGAACGAGUGAAAGAAUAUGCGGACGUGGUACCAGAAAAAGACGAAGGCGCUGUUAAACCGGCGAUAACGUGGCCCCAAAGCGGAAACAUUAAAUUCCAGAACCUGAGCCUGAAAUAUGCGCCUAGUGAACCUAACGUUUUAAACGACAUGACAUUUGAAAUUAAGAGCAGGGAAAAAGUUGGGAUAGUCGGCAGAACGGGAGCCGGAAAAUCCUCGAUUAUCGUAGCUCUAUUCAGGCUAGCUGACAUUGAAGGAAAUAUCUUCAUAGAUGAUGUUGAUACCAAAUCGAUAAGCUUGAACAAAUUAAGAUCUCAUAUUUCAAUAAUACCACAGGAACCAGUUUUGUUUUCUGGUACACUUAAAAAAAACUUGGAUCCAUUUGGGGAAUAUAAUGAUAAUGUACUGUGGAGUGCUCUAGAAGAGGUUGAACUUAAACCAGCGGUGUCGAAACUACCUCAAGGUCUUGAAACCGUUAUGUCUGAAGGCGGUUCAAACUUCAGCGUCGGCCAGAGGCAGCUGGUGUGUUUGGCUAGAGCCAUAAUUAGGAAUAACAAAAUUUUGGUCCUAGAUGAAGCUACCGCUAACGUUGAUCCCCAAACGGACUUACUCAUACAAUCUACGAUAAGGAAAAAGUUUUCCCAGUGCACUGUGUUGACUGUGGCGCACAGGUUGCACACUAUAAUGGACUCCGACAAAGUUCUCGUGAUGGACGCCGGCAGAGUUGUUGAAUUCGGUCCUCCACACGAGCUGCUACAGAAUAAACAAACUGGCGUAUUCUAUGAGCUGGUGCUACAGACGGGAAAAGCUAUGGCAGAUAAUCUCAUAUCUAUUGCGGAAGAGAGCUAUCGUACAUCGCAGCUACUUUAAGAUCAACCCAGGCAUAAUCUUCGGAUUUAAUUUUUGUUUCCGAAUAUUUUUCUUCAAAAUUACGUUUACUACCUUGCAUGUGAUUUAGAGUUAAGUUUGUAACCUAUAAUAG